UUCAGCGUGAGAGUUUUCCGUGUGAUGGAUGUUGACACUUGAUGAAGUUCUCAGGGUUCCGUUUGAGGAGAGAAUGAUGGAUCUGAAACAACCAGGCAAACACUCGCCAGACUUUAAAUCAACUCAGCAGGCGAGUAGGAAAAUGUUUUAAAAGCUUCUCCCACCGAUGACAACAGAUCGUUUGUUCUUCUACAUUUAUGCAUAAUUUUGAGAUGCCUGGUGACUGUGUGCUUAAAAGUGCGCGCGUCUCCGUUGCGCACCACGCUUGCUUCGCGUACAAUCCUCAUCCUCAUCUUCGUCUUCAUCGGAUCUAGAGCUGAGCAGCAGCAGCAGCUGCAACAACAGAAGAUCAGCUUGUCAAAGCAUCUGAAAAUGGCUGAGCUCCGUCCCACCCGGAGGAGCUCCAGUCCGCCUCUGAUGGGAUUAAUGUGCGUUGUUUUGCUCGUAUUCGUCUCCAUAGCCUCCGCGAGUCAUGGUGUUGUUUCUAGAGACAACGAGACGUUGAGCAGUCCAUCCGGAGAAACACAGGAGGACCCCCAUCAUCAAACUAACUCCACUGCCCACAAAAAGGCUUUCCCCGUCCUCUGCUUCAACUACGACUACGUCAGAAAACCCUUUGAGAUCUCUCUGUGGAUCCUCCUGGCCCUGCUCAUGAAACUUGGUUUUCACAUUAUUCCCAGAGUGUCACACGUUGUCCCAGAGAGCUGUCUGCUGAUUGGCGUUGGCCUGCUUGUGGGUGGCAUCAUCAAAGCCAUCGGAGAGGAAGCCCCCGUUCUUGACACUAAGCUCUUCUUCCUCUACUUGCUGCCUCCCAUCAUCAUGUUAUUUUAUUUCAAAUCCAGGACGGCCACAGGGUCUACAGCUGAGACGAUGGAGCCAAACAGCAGGCAGGACAGCAGGUCCACGCUGGCCAGCUGGUUUCCCUCAAUCCGACAUACGCCGUAUAUCAUGCCGCCAAUGAAGAAGGCGUUCCACAGAGUCCCCACCACUGCGAACACCAGGAUGGUGCCCAUGUUCUCUGUGAAGGGCCGCAUGGGCAGGAAAUUUUUCGUAAAACACAAUAAACUCUCAGUAAAUGUUUUUCUGUCUGUGCAGGUUCUGUAUCACCUUUUCGAGGAGUUCUCUCACGCUGGAACUGUGACCGUGACCGACGCCGUCCUCGGUGUUGUCUGUUUCUUUGUGGUUUCACUGGGAGGCGUGAUGGUGGGAGCCUUCUACGGCCUUCUGGGUGCCUUUACCUCCCGCUUCACCUCGCACACCCGAGUCAUCGAGCCACUGUUUGUUUUCCUCUACAGCUACAUGGCUUACCUCUCCGCAGAGGUCUUCCACCUGUCGGGCAUCAUGUCGUUGAUAGCAUGUGGCGUGAUGAUGCGUCCAUACGUGGAGGCCAACAUCUCCCACAAGUCGUACACCACCAUUAAAUAUUUCCUAAAGAUGUGGAGCAGCGUGAGCGAGACGCUCAUCUUUAUCUUCCUCGGUGUUUCCACGGUGGCCGGUCCUCAUGCCUGGAACUGGACCUUUGUCAUUGUCACCGUGGUCCUCUGUCUGGUGUCCAGAGUGCUGGGAGUCAUUGGCCUCACAUUCAUCAUCAAUAAAUUCCGUAUUGUGAAGCUGACCAAAAAAGACCAGUUCAUUGUGGCCUAUGGUGGCCUACGAGGGGCCAUCGCCUUCUCACUGGGCUUCCUGCUGACCAAUAGUGAGAUGAAGCACAUGUUCCUCACCGCCAUCAUCACAGUCAUCUUUUUCACUGUCUUUGUGCAGGGGAUGACAAUCAGGCCUCUGGUGGAGCUUCUGGCUGUGAAGAGGAAGAAAGAGAGCAAAGGAUCAAUUAAUGAGGAGAUUCACACACAGUUUCUGGAUCAUCUCCUCACAGGGAUUGAAGACAUCUGUGGUCAUUAUGGGCAUCAUCACUGGAAAGACAAGCUGAACCGCUUUAAUAAAGCCUAUGUGAAGAAGUGGCUGAUUGCAGGCGAGCGCUCCACCGAGCCUCAGCUCAUCUCCUUCUACAACAAGAUGGAGAUGAAACAGGCCAUGAUGCUGGUGGAGAGCGGGAGCACUGCCAAGCUGCCCUCACUUAUAUCGUCCGUCUCCAUGCAGAACAUGCAACCAAGAGGUCCAGCCAGACGACGGGCAAUGCCGACCAUCUCAAAAAGUCGUGAGCAAGAGAUCAGAAAGAUCCUGCGAGCCAACCUGCAGAAGACCAGACAGAGGCUGCGUUCGUACAGCCGUCACGACCUGAUGAUCGACCCGUUUGAGGACAAUGUGAGUGAAGUUCGGUUCAGGAAGCAGCGAGUGGAGAUGGAGAGGAGGAUGAGUCACUACCUCACAGUUCCUGCAAACCGCCAGGAAACACCGCCAGUGAAAAAAGUCUGCUUUGAACCAGAACACCAGGUUUACACCUAUGAUGAUAGCGAGAGCUCCAGAGGCCAGACAGCUCAGACAGAUCCAAACCCUCCUGACGACGUCAGCCUGGUGAACGAAUCCCCCCAGAGGCCCAAUCAGAGCAGCGAACAGAGAGCCAAUGUGCCGGACGAGCAGGAAGAGCAACAGAAACUAUCACGCUGCUUUAGUGACCCCGGUCCAAACAAGGAGGAGGACCUCUCAUGAUGAAGCACAUAUUAACAGGAUGAAUUCACCUCUCCAUGAUCUCCUUGUUUCAUGUGUUGCAUUCAACGAGUGGAGUUCCCAGAGUGAAUGGGAGUUGUAGCAAAGCUUUAUAUUUAUUAAGUAUUAAGUAUUUUCCAUGUCCUGUUUUUGUGAUAUGAGAAUAUGCCUUUUUCCACAAGUUCACAAGUAUUUUCAGCAUGUAACAUGUUUCCAAAGCAUGCACCACUGGACAUUUUCUAUUUCAGGAUUUUAUUACAGCCUGAAGUGAGCCGAGUGUCAGCAUUUAGUGUCUUAACAAGCAAACUUGCGUUGAAUUGUACAAAAAAGCACUUGUUUUAGCAAGCUUGAAGCACCAGAUGGGUGAAGUUUACCACCUCAAAGCACAGUAUAAAGAAUCUAUAAAGCAGUGAGCGACCGAUAAAUCAUCUCGUCUGAUAUUAUGGAUAUUACCAUUGUUGCAGGUAUAUCAGGGUUGGCACAUACAUCGGCAAUGAAGAGUAGUAAAUUGCUGCACAAAAAUACCAAAGAAAUAUUUGAGGUGAUUUAGAAACAAUGUCCCCAUGUGUGAAGUUUGUUAUUAGCAAUGCUAGCAGCAUGCCUUGAUAGGCCCAGACACAGCAAACAGACAUCAAAGAGCUAGUGGUGAUGAGGGCUGACUGUUGCGUCGCCUCACCUCACCUCACAUGUGUCUCGGCCAAAAAGUUGCACUUAGACACAACUGCCAACUAGUGACCAACGAUUGUCUGUGUGAGAGGAAAUAACUCUCCAUGGCAGCAGGCAGCGAUAGUCUGUAAACAUUAUUAAAAAAGGGAAAUCCGAAGACCAACAGGAUGGAUUCAAGAUGCUAGUUAGCCUGUUAGCACAUUAACAACACAAUCUGUUACUGAAAGAACAAAGGAUAUUUAUUGUUUGCUAGCAUACAACAACUAUGCGAUGGAUUUCCAUUACAUUUUUUACAGACAUUCAUGGUCACCAGAGGAUGUAUCCUAAUAACUUUGGUCAUUCUCUGACUUCUCCUCCAGCGCCACCAUGAGGUUGAAAGUUGGGGGUUUUGGGUGAAAUUUCUCAACAACUAUUGAAUGGAAUGCCAUGAAAUUGUUAAAAAAAAAAAAGGUAAACUAUGCAGAACUGUCACUGUUUGUAAACACGUUUGUCAGUGAAAGAGACAGUAAAACUUAGGUUUGGGAGGUAUCACAGUAUUACAGAAUACCAGGGUAUUUAAAAAUCCUCACGGUAUCAUCUUUGAUACCACCAAAGGUACAGGCGCUCCUCUUUCUGUUACACUCACUGUAUGUAGUGUGCAGCGGGUGCCACCAGAGGUCUCCAGUCUCAACUGCUGGAAAAGGCAGCUGGAGGAGGUGAGGUUAACGUUACAGGACUUUUUUUUAAGUGCACGCCAACACCGUCAUAUAUCGUAUUUAAGGAGGGUAUGAAGGUAUCAAAAAUAAGAUACGGUCCAUGCCUACUAAAAGCUAACUCCCAGAUUCACUCUUGUUUAGCAUUUUGUCUUGUUGUAUUGGUAUUCUUUCUGCGCUGUGUAUCUUAGAUGCCUGCUGCUUACAGUCUAGCAGCUGGUCGCUACCUUUGUACAAAGCUCUGACCUCACCUAAGCACUGUGGGAGUACACACCUAUAAGCAUCACAUACAUGGAGAAUAAGAAGAAAAUACAGCGGAGUUUCUGCAGAAAAAUACACUGCCACACACCUAUACUGAGUCAUGAAUUGAGAUUGACAGGGAUGAUUAAUUCUGUAUAAGUCUAUACAUUGUUUUCUAGAAAAAAUCCUGCACAGUAUAUCUUUAAAUUGGGCUAUAUACUAGUCAGUAUUAGAAAAUACAAGAGAGAAUUAAUGUUAAAGGUGUCCUGGUGAAAUAGAGAGCACGUAUCUAGUGAUAUAGGAAUGUUAAAAUAACUUAAAAGUCAAGAAUAAACCACAACAAAUAUUGUUUGACCGGGGUCUGUGAACAAGCUUGUAUUUAACCUCUCUGCAUGACUGAUCUGUUUUCUCAGGGACGACAACAUGGCACAGUAUUAACAGAAGCUCUCUGCAAAAGGAAAAUAAGUAUUAAUGUGCUCCAUUGGUCUCUGUUUAUAAUGUGACUGUUUUGUAUGCUACUGUGUUUUUGAUUGCGUCAGUAACAUUCCAGCAGUAAUCGAGUUUAACAGCUUUUUGUAACAAAGCUCUCCAUAUCUGUGUUCUUGGUAACUGAACAUGCUUGAAAUGAAUACUUCACUUCCCAAAUGAUCAUUUGUAUAUCAGUUACUCACCCUGUGUUAUAUUGACUUUGUGAAGAAAACUUUGUUUUUCUUGCAUGCCUCCAGAGAAAGAAUCCCAAAACUGAGAAAAUUCUUGAUGAAUUGAAGUCGUCUGUGUUUAACAACAGCAAAACUAUAUCAAAACAUCUGUUUACAAAAUCUGACACAACUCGUGCAGUAUAAUCCAAGUUUUAUUUAUCCAGUCGUAUGCUCAGUACAUCCCAAACAGACCUUUCCAAUGAGAAACUGAACUGAAAUUGAAACUUAUAUAUGCUCUCUUCUAAGCCAGACUUCACUGACAAAAACAGUAAUGUUAGCAUGCUGUACACGGGAGCUGCUGGUCUACCGCUGCCUCAAUCAGUUAAUUUGUGUUAUGGUGUGACUUAUGUGAAUCUGAAUUCACUUUUUAAAACACCAGAGACACAAAAUAGCAGUAAAGAUUAAAACAAGGCAGUGGCAGUGGUAGACCAGCACCUCCCAUGUUCAGCAAGGUAAAAUUCCUUGUUUUUUCAAUGGAGUCUGCCUUUAAGAGAAAAGUUUCACUUUCACUUUCAGUUCAGUUCCCUGUCAGAGUGCCAUCAGUUUGGAAAGCACUGAGCAUACCACUAGAUAAAUGAGACUUGGAUUAUACUGCAUAACUUGUGUGAGUUUAUCAACAUUUGUUUUUAUAUAGUUUUGCUGUUGUUAAAUGCGGACGCCUAUGACUUCAAUUCAUCAAGAAUUUUCUGUUCUUGGAUUUGUUGUUCACCGUAGAGCCAUGCAAGAAAAACAAAGAUUUACUCACAAAUUCAACGUAACACAGGAUGAGUAUUUGAUAUGCAAAUGGUCAUUUGGAGUGUGACCUAUUCCUUUCAAGAGGUUCAAGAGUUGAAUCACCUUUUCAUAUCUGCACAGUACUGGACUGCCUGAGCUUCUGCUGCCUGCACAUUUGCCUUACAAUGUAUUGCUUUCUGUUUGUUUGCCUGGUGAAGUGUUUUUAUAUUUUGAAAAUGAAUCAUAAAUAUCUGUCAAAUAAAGGAAAGCUUUAAGUACUUUCUGAAAUAAAGAUAUGUCAUUGCCUAAAUUUGCUG